AUGUCGUUCAAGUUUCCGCCGAUUUAUUCCUUCCCACCAUUCUGGACAAUUCAACCAUGCAUGGAAGCAAGGAGAAUGCAGACCCAAACAUGGUGCGAUCUAAUACUCUCAUGGUGCAAAGCAAAUAAAAAAGAAGACUUAAAAGUAGCAGAUGCGUUAAAAACAGAUUUAUUCAACAAUAAAGCAAUCGGUAGAGCUUUAUCUCAGCAAGAUGCCGAAUUCUUUUUGGACCAACUCGUUCAAAGACAAAAUGCCCAAUGGUCUGAUGACAAACACACAAAAUGCAAAAUCAUUUUCAGAAAGCCAGCUCAAUGGGCAAAUAUUUUCUACCAAUGGGCGGUCAAGAAUAAUCUUCAGGGCGUAGUUUUCACAUUUUACGAACUCCGUGAAGGCGAUGAUACUCAAAGUGAAGCAUUUCAUAAUAUGGAUCAAGAACAGAUGCUUAAAGCAAUUGAAUGUCUUGUAAAAGAAAAGAAAGCAAAUUUAAUUAAAGCGGCCGACUUUGAUGAGAAUGGUGUUAAGUUCUUAUGA